ACAUACUGUCAUGUUCACCUCUAAUUUUAGUUGACCUAUUUUAAAGCUGUUCGGUCCACCUCUGAAUUAAGAUGUCAUAAUCAAUACAAUUAUCAAUUGCAGACGUGAGACGGGGAAAAACACGCAUUUUCCCCGCCACCGGGAGAGGGGUGUGAGGGGUCGACGGGCGAGGGGGGGGCGCGCCGGGCGCCGGGCCCAGUGCCCCCCGAACGCAGUGGCGGCGUGACGCCUCCCCGAGCGAUGAGCUAACUCCCGCCACCCGUCGCUACCACCGCAUUCAUGGACAACUCCUGCCUCCUCGACCUCCUCAUCCGGUGCUUCGCGAUGACCGAGCCCGAGGACCUCAACUUCACCGCGUUCACGGACCUCUGCCGCCUCUGCUCGCUCAAGAGCGGACCUCGUCUCCACAUCUUCGACAAGGAGGCUGAGCAGAGGCAGAUACUAUUCAAACUUCGCACUUGUCUACCCACUAUGCAGAUAUCGAAAGAUGACUUCUUGCCGAAGAAGAUUUGUGAAAGGUGUGUCACGAGGCUGGAACAACUCUACGAAUGGCGGCAAAGUUGUCUCAACACGGAUUCCGUGCUGAGGAAUUACGCUGAGUCCAUGAGAAUCGUCACAUCGACUAUCAACUUUCAGGACGGCACCGUUAAUAUGGAUAAAAUGACAGAAGCACAAAAAACGGCAUAUUUAGAAGCACAUGUAGCAGUUCAACAGCAUAUGGCCCAAGCUGCUGCUGCCGCUCGCCGUGAGCAACAACAACAGCAACAACAGCAGCAGCAGCAGCAGCAGCAACAGCAGCAGCAACAGCAACAGCAGCAACAACAACAGCAACAACAACAGCAACAGCAACAACAACAGCACCAACAGCAUCAGCAACAGCAGCAACAGAAUACUACAUCAAAUAACAAUCGACACCACCAAGAAAUGCAGCAACAACAACAACAACAGCAGCAACAGCAGCAACAACAACAGCAACAACAACAACAAGCACAAAGUGCUAGUACUCAUCCAGGUCAUCCAUCACCACCAACAGUUAGCUCCACACAACAUCAUUACACUACAAUAAAUUCUCCAAUAAAAGUUCCACAAGUGAGUUCCAGUACUGGUGGCCCAGAUUCUACAUUUACAGUACCAGAUGAUGUGGGAAUGGGAUUUGAAGGAGGAGUUCGUGUCCUACAAAGCCUUGGAAAUUGUUACGACAUCGUCUACAGGUCGCCGGAAGUAACAAAUACAAUUCCAAGACCGAAUUUAAUACCAUUUACGGAACCAUAUACUGAAGGUGGAUCUAUGCACCCUGGUACACGACUUAAAGCCUUACAAGGAUCGUCUGUUGUGAGAAAACACCCCACAAUCAAACCUACAAGUUCAACGAGUGAAAGUAGCAAAGCUUUUGAAUGUACAGUAUGUGGAAAAGGACUGGCUCGUAAAGACAAAUUAACAAUCCAUAUGAGAAUACACACAGGUGAAAAACCAUACGUUUGCGAAGUGUGUAAUAAAGCAUUUGCGAGAAGGGACAAGCUGGUACUUCACAUGAAUAAACUAAAGCACAUAACGCCGUCCAAUAUAGCUCCACUAGGUAAACGAACUAUAACUAUACCGCCUUUAAAGUUAGAUGACGUAAAGCCUCAAUUAACAAAACAAGAAGAUACAAAACCUAGCCAAGCUGAAAUUGCAGCUGCUGCUGUAGCUCAACAGCAGCAGCAACAGCAACAACAACAACAGCAGCAACAACAACAACAGCAGCAGCAGCAACAGCAACAACAUUCCCAUCAGCAGCCUAUACAGGUCUGCCAGGUACCUGGACACAACUUUACGAAUACAAAUCUAGUCCACACAAGCGCGGCCAGCGCCGCCGUGGCGGCUGCCACAGCCGGCAUGGUAGUAUCUUGGUCCUGUGAGCUAUGUGGUAGACUUUUUGCUACUAGAGAAGAGUGGACCGCUCAUGCAAAAUCACAUUUACCGGACAACAAGCUCUUACAGGACAAGAUGCAAGCGACACAACAUCAGCAACAAGAAAAAGUUCAUCUAACGAACCAGGAAAAACUACAGUUGCUGCACCAUCACAACCAGAAUCAACAGAUAUUGAAUGGGCACGGCAUUGCGUCGGCUUCCGUGUCCACAGCAACAGUGGUUAAUGAAAAUAGUGGUGGGACUUAUUUCACGCAUGGUCAUACACACUAUGCACCAGAGAGGCAGCAUACACAAGCACAUCACUUGUGUCUGAUGUGUCGGCAGGAAUUCGCGGGUAAAGCCGAGUUUAUGUUCCACGUGAGAGGACAUUUUGAAGGUAAAGUGAGUGAUAUAGCGGCGGCCGAUGUUCUGGCCAGAUCGCUAGUGGAUAAUUCCGGACUGUGUACCUGAAACGGGUCCACGCCCGUCGGUGCAUUUCAAUCAGAUGUUUACGGGAAGGGCGUGGUACAAGACGACACGAUAAUGUUAAAAUUUUAAAUUUAGAAUACGUGUCUUAGUAAAGUGCUUAUUUAUUUCGAAGCCGGAAGUGGUCGUUUAUUUCGUCGAUACUUUAGAAAUCUACGUAAAAAACAUAAAUUGAAUAAAAAUAUUGGCAAGGCAAUUAGAGUAUAUCUACAUUUUGUAAUAAAAACGUGAACAAUAGAAUAACAGAGUUCCUUAAUAAGAUACAUUCGUUUAAAUUGUACUGUUAAAUUAAAUAAAGCUAAGUAUAAAUAUAAGGGGUUUGUUAAAAUGCGUAGAUUACUUAACAAAUAAUUUAUUAAGGGUAAGAUUCAGCAUCGAGAAUUAGAAUCUUAUCCAGUAUUCGCACUUAUAGCGAAUCUUACCUUUAAUCCUAGAGUGCCCACAUUCAACAAACAUCUGUUAUAAAAGAAAUAGCCAUGAAUACGUGUAGUAUGUAAAUAUAUUAAACAUGUAAAUAAUUAACACCUUAUCAGUAGAAUGUAAAUUCUUAGCUUAAUCUUGUAUUAGUAACGCAUUAAAAUAAUUAGUGUGUUAAAUGAAGCAGUAGAGUUUCAAUUAUUAAUGAAAACGUUGAAGAAAUUGUUCCAAAUAAUACAACGAAUUUUGACCAAAUUAUUCGUCUUUACUUAUUCAAAUUAAACAUAAUAGUCUCGGCAAAUAAAUUGUCCAGGAGAUAUUUAUUGCGUUGUUAGUAUUUUAACAUCGUAGGAGACUGACAAAAUUAUUUGACACACAAUUUUCGUAAUAAAAAAAAACAUGUACAAAAAGUCAUCACAUGU